AUGAAUCACCGCAGUCCCGAUGUGCAGCGCCAAGAGAUCGACCGUGUGCUGCAACUAAAGCGGAAGCAGCGCGAGGCUAAGGCCUGUUAUCCUUGUCGCCAGCGCAAAGUCAAGUGCGAUAGUGGUCAUCCUUGCAGAACAUGUCAAAAGCGUGGCCAUCCACACAUCUGUGCUUAUGAUGUGUCGAAGGACUCGUCGCGACACUCAUUCCCCCGGUCGGGGAGGGUGGAUCCCGUUCAUGCAUCACCGUCACAUCGACCAGCCGGCAUUGCUUCCCCGCUGACUCCAUCACCGUCGGCACUUAAUGGAGCGGAGACCGAGCGAGCGCAACCGCUGGAUGGGCCUUCACCAUCGGGAGCCGCUCCACGUUCGGGGUCGACUAGCCGUGAUCGCUCGUCUGAUUAUGUCUUCUCUGGGAAGAACUCUGUGGUUUCCAUCCUUCGGCUGCAAGACCCCGACGGGUCUAUCGCGCGAGAGGCAGGGUCUGUGUUGGGCCUGCAGAACACAUACGAGUAUUAUCCGUUCCUUGACAUCAAGACUCCCACAGACCGUUGGUGUGCACUUCUGGACAUACUUCCUCAGAGGACGGAGAUCUUAAAAUUUUUUCAUCACUAUCGCUUGUCUGCACACCCUUUCAAUCCGAUCUUGGUAGAUAUUGAUGGGGUUGAAUCCGCCAUAUGCACCUAUCUGGAGUCUGUUGCAUCCGGGGAAUUGAGUAACCCAAACAAAAUCUCGGAGCGCUGGUCUUCCGACAAGUCCAUUGGCCAUAUCAGUCUCCUUUUGGCGACCUUGGCUUCCGGUGCUCACUUCUCGGAUCUUGAAAACCCACAACGCUCGGAAGUAUGCCAGGAUCUCGCCUGGGCUUUGCUGGGGACUACCGUCCGCUUAGCCCAAGCUCUCGGCUUACACACCGAACGCGGCACUUCACAUUUACCAGAAAGUGUCCGUUCGAAGGCCAAGAAGCUAUGGUCCAUGACUGUUUGGCAGGACUGCUUAUUGAGCCUCUGUUAUGACCGUCCACCAGUGGUCUCCAUCUCGGGUUGGCAGCAGAGCAUUGGCCCCACACCUGCACUCGCAUUGUCAUUUACGGAUGUGAUGCAUUUCCUUUGUCAGCUGGGCCUCGAUAUUGCCAAGGUUCAGGAGCCUGAGCAUUGGGAUUUGACGCGCGCCACUGAGCUAUUGAGUGCGUUAGAUAAUGUUUACAGUCGUGCCCAGCCUCAUCUACUCUCUCGAGAGCAUUGCCAUUGCCUACAGGAGCACCAGGAGCAUCUUGCCCUACGGAUGCACAUGUCAUUUUGCGUGUCAGUGCUCUGUCGGCCGACCAUCCGAAGUUCUCCAAGCCGCUUGGAUGACCCUCAUUAUAGUCGCCUACGACUCCGAGCCAAGGAUAGCCUUAUUUUCAAACUUUGA